AUGGGCUAUGCAGUCAACCCGGAGGACCUGCCGGUUCCCGGCCGAGACACCUACUUUUGGCUCGGGGAGAUCAACAAGGCCAGCGCUGUGAUCAAUUCAGAUGAAGGACUCCUCGAACCAGACGUCGCUCGACGCAUCGCUCACGGUCUCCAAAAGAUGCUCGAAUCUGGCAAUCAGCCAAAUGCCCCGCGCCCGAGCCUUGUCAUUACGUUCGAGCCCCUGCUCAUUGAAGCAGCAGGCGUCGAAGCAACACUUCUCCAUGCUGGGCGCUCGAGCCAGGAUAUGCUCACGACGGCUUCCACUACCAUCAUCCGCGAUGCCGUGCUGAAGCUAGCCUCGCAACUGCAUGCGACCACUCGUCGCUUGCUUGCCUUGGCUGAGACUCACAAAUUGACACUUGUACCGAACUACACCAACGGCGUCGCUGCACAGCCAAAUACAUACGGUCACUAUCUCCUUGGGCACAUAGCCGGGUUUCACCGGGAUGCGGAACGGUUACAGCAGUUUUAUGCCAGACUUGAUCGAUGUGCUAUGGGGACCACUGUUCUAAAUGGAACAAGUUGGCCUCUCAACCGCGAGCGCAUGGCGAACUACCUGGGCUUUCCAGCUCCUGUCGACAACGCAUAUGAUGCAGCUCAAAUCUCAGCAGCGGAGUGGCCCGUUGAGAUUGGAUCAAUAGCAUCUCAGAUUGCUCUUCAUGCAAGCGCCUACAUCCAAGACGUGAUGGUGCAAUAUGCCCAGCCGAAGCCAUGGAUUCUUCUGCAGGAAGGCGGAGAAAACACAUACGUCUCAAGCGCAAUGCCACAAAAGAGAAACCCAGGGCUCCUCAUCAGAACUCGAGCCGAGGCUUCGAGAGUGAUUAGCUUGGGUGUGGGUAGAGCAAUUCAGGGUCAUAAUCUUCCUCCUGGCAUGUUUGAUGCCAAGGACUUGGGGGAGAAUUUGGCUGUUGUCAAUGGUGCAACCGGUGUUCUCGUUGAUUUGCAUCGUAUUCUCGAUGCGCUGGUCGUAGACGGCGAGAGAUCUCUGAAGGAGUUGCAUCUUGACUGGACCGCAUCUCAAGAGCUGGCCGACAUACUUAUGCGCGAGCACAAGGUCCCUUUCCGCGUCGGACACCACUUUGCUUCAGAAGUUGUGAGAUACGCAAAGUCAAACGACUUGUAUCCUAGCAACUUCCCAUACGCCGAGGCCUCAAGGAUUUUCACCGAGACAUUGGCACAUACGGAUCUUGUGAACGAGGGCUUUCAAUUCUUGAGCGAAGAAGAGUUCCGUGAUUCACUUGACCCAGCAGGUAUCAUCAAACGCCGUGCAACUUCUGGUGGUCCUCAGCCUCAAGAGAUGAAACGUAUGAUUAGUGCUUCUCAGAAAGCUAUUGAUGGUCUUGAAAGCUGGGUGCAAGAACGCAGAUCACAUAUUGAGAAACGCCUAGGAGAGCUGAAUGCAGCAUUCCAAACUUUUCUUCAGUGA